CGAUGAUGUUCUAGAGAGUUCCGCAGCGAGGGAAUUAGUGUCGUCCUCUCGGCAACGAAGCUCUCACGCAAUCGGAGAGGAGCAAAGGGGAAAAGCCUGAGGAGAUCGAAACCCUUGCAACCGUGCGAUUUUGUUCGAGGGUUCCGUUCGCUUUUUGGUGAUCUUUCGAGUCGGGUUGUGGGGAUUCGCCAGAGAUGGCUGGUUUCUCGACGGGGAGGGCGAAGAGGAAAGAGCCUGAAGAGGUUUACGACGAUUUCUCGUACUUUUCGCUGUCGUCUCCGGCUGCGAAGAUCAGGAGAUUGGAUGCCGAUAUGCUUCCUAUGAUAGAAGAGAAUGAGGCAACAGCUAUGACAAGAUUUAAACAACAGCUGCCAAUAGAACAAAUUAGCACAAGCACCUAUGGGAUGCCAGAUAUCAGACCUGUAACAGUUCAUAGUAUAGCUGCAUGCCCGCCAAAUGAGAAGGGAGCUUUUGUUUAUGAUUCCGCUGAGGCUACACCAUUUUUGUCACCUGUUGGACCAAAUGUUUCUUUUAGAGUGAGCUCGGAUUUGAUCCGUGGUAUCAAAAAUCAUGUCUUCUGGCUGCGGGAUCAAACUAUGGCUAAGAUGGAUGACAAAAUACCAGUGUCCAAUAACUGCUUAGCUCUGGUUCCCUGGGUGCCGCCCCAGGCUACCGUCGGUGCUUAUGAGUAUGCUGGCUCACAAUCCGGGAGCCAGUCGUCGCAGGAGCCAAUGGAAGCUGAAGAAGCUGGAGCGGCACCCAUGGCAGUCGAAGAAAACAGAGAACAAACGGUUAGUGGAAUCGACGUUGAUGUGAUCCAGCAGUGGCAGCAGCACUGUAUGGCUCCCGAGUUCCUGCGUAACACGCCUAGUCGACUGAUGUCGUAACAGUUUCAAGGAAGAGAGCAGUCGACCAUUUUCCUUUUGAUUGCAUUCCUACCAUGUCUUGUCGAAUGCAGAAAAUUGUCAUUCUGUUUUGAUUUCUUUUGAGUAGCAGCUCAAUCUGGUACAUUACUUGAGCAAACGUAUAGCUUACUAAUU